CUACAGGAAGUGUUAAAAAUUAAAGUAGCUUCAGCUGGGAUGCUCUGCUUUGCUGCUCAGAAAAAAAAUGUGAUGUGCAAAUAUGAGGACCUGGGAGCCUUCUGGUUGGACACAACCAUCUUCACUUUUACUUGGUCAAUGAAACUACUGAAAUCCAGGAAAUAAAGGAAAGAUGGCUUGUUCUUCUCAGUCAGCAGUGGAGUACGUCAGGAGGGCCAGAACCAACCUGGUGAGAACAUUAAAGGGGCUCACUACUGUGAUUGUGGAGAAUCUGUACCAGAGAGGAGUUUUCUCAGAGGAAGAAGUCAGUAAAAUAAACACAGAGAGGGACGACUUUGACAAAAAUAGAGGAAUUGUGGACACUGUAAUAAAAGGGGGGGAAGCAGCUUGCUAUGAGUUUCUUAGGAUUAUUGACAUAACAAGAAAGAGAUCCACAGAAAGGCCACCAUCUUUUCUGGAAAAUACAGAUUCAAAUUCCUCUUCACGAGACAAAUUUGACCUGAGCUACUGGAUCAGCUGCUUUUCCUUCAAGGAGGACACCAACAUGGAUGUAACGUAUUUACAAGGGCCCAGCCCGUGCCACAGAUACCAGCAAAAGCUGAAAUCCAAAGCUCAGAAGAUUUCAGAAAGAUCAUGGACCCAAAGUAAAGCAGUCCUGUUCAACAAGGAGACAUCUUUGUCGUACUCGUCACUUGUGUUAGACACACAAGGACAGGCUUCAGCAUCCAAAAUAAAAAAAUCAAAGAUCAAGAAAAGCAGGAAGGUUCGUACUAAAAAACUAAAGGCCCACAUACCUGAGGACAAACAGGAAACUUCCCCCAGUGAACUGCUGAAAACGUAUGAAAGAAAAAUCCUUUUGGUAGGAAAACCUGGAAUUGGGAAAACGGCUGUGGUCCAUCAGAUGUUGAAACUGUGGUCAGAGAAAGACAACAAGGAUAUAGAUUACAUGUUCUACUUUGAUAUGAGAGAAACACCCAACAUCACAGAGGUCCAUAAACUGAAGGAUCUUCUCUUCUGUAAGUUCAGUGAACCAGAUGAAGGCAAAGACAAAGUCUUAGAGGAUUUAAAGAAUAAUGCUGACAGUGUUACUAUAAUUUUUGAUGGAGUGGCAGAUGUCCCCUCUUCAUCAACCCAGUCUGUAGUGCUGGAGCUCAUACAGAAGACUCUUCUACCUGAAGCAAAGAUCAUCAUCACCUGCAGACCAGAGGUGGAGUCAGCAGACUUCCUGUUAGAUUGGGACUGUCUCAGAGUGGAAGUGAAAGGCUUCAGUGAACAGGGCAUCAGAGAGUACUUAUCCAAGAAUCUGAGUGAGGAACACUUCAGCAAAGUUUUGUGUAACUUGGAGUUGUUCUCUCUGUGCCAUGUCCCCAUGUACGCCCUGAUGGUGGUUGCCUGCUUUAGUUUUGAAGGCACAGUUUUCUGUCCGCAUCCCUGCACAGUUACCGAAAUAUACCUCAAUAUCCUCCAUUUCUGCAAUCAGAGAAAUGUUGGAAAGACAUCUGAAAAUGAAGCCGUCCAGUGCAAUGCAAUACUAUCUUUAGCUGAAGCUGCUUUUUAUGCAACAAAAGGAAAAAAUGUGAACCUGACAUCACUAACCCAGAUUGACAGGUGUGCUAAUUUGGGCUUUAUGAACAAACUUCUAAUUCAAGCCGGUCCCGUUCAAAAGAAACCCUUGUGUGCUUUUCUCCACUACACAAUUCAGGAGGUUUUUGCAGCUCUGUGGCUCCUGAAGGAUCCAGAAAGGAUCAGGAGUGUUGUUCAACAGUGUCUCACUGACGACAUCAAACACAUGAAACAUUUGGUUCCUUUUUUGUGUGGACUGUUAAAUGAGAAGAACAUGGACUUGUUACAAUUUCUGUUUACUUCUCAGCAUCUCAGAGAAACAUCUGGCUGGUUCUUCAAACACUUGGUGACCACCUUUGUAGAUUGUAGUGACACUGAGGACUGUGAAAUAGACUUGCUGUUCUUAUGUCAGUGUCUCUAUGAGUCUCAGUCUGCUGAAGCCUGUGUUUAUCUUCUGGAUAAACUGGACUACUCUCUUGAUCUGAGUGGGGAGACUCUCAAUCCUCAGCAAUGCUAUGCCGUGUCCUAUAUAAUCAGCCAGAGUAAGGAGAGGAAAAUACAGCUGAACCUGGAGGAUACAACAGUAUCAAAACAAGGAGUGAGACCAUUACUAGGAUGUCUGAGCAAACUACAAAGGACUGACUUCUUAUCAUGGCAGCUGUGGACCAUUUGUCUUCUCAGUGAGGUGGAGGUGGAUUACAUCAGCUUACUUUGCUUUGCUGAAAACCAGCUGCACCUUUCAGUAAACAGUCAAACACAACUCUAUGACCGAGCUGGAAAAGUUCUGCAGAAAAGUGCUGAGAAGGUUAAAGUCUGCCUCCACUGGGAUCACAGAAGUUCUGUUUACCAAUCUGUCAGCAAGUUUCUCUUACUGUGUUUACCCAACAUCCACUCACUCAGUGUUGAUACAAAGACAUCAGAUGAAGACAGAACAAAGUUCUUUGUGAAUCUGUUCUGUGCAGCAGCAGAGAGAGAACAGCAGACAGGAGAGAAGAUACUGGAGCUGUUAUCAUCAGUGUGCACAUAUCAAACAUUCCCUUUUAAUGAGAGAUGCAAGGAUGAUGACGAUGACCAUGAUAUGAAGAAACGUCAGUGUGAUCUCCUCCUGGAUCUGUACUCCAAAGUGAAGGACUGUGAGGCUAAAACAGGCUUGAGUGUCCUUCCAUCAUUACAGUCAGUUUUCCAGUCAGCUCCUGCAGUCUGGUUCAUAAACCUCUCAGAGAGAAAGACCUCCAUCCUUCUGGAAGUGCUGAAACUCCAACCAGAGAAGAAACAAGUGGAGCUGACACAGUACACUCAUAAAAAGAGUAAAAUUAGGAGUUUCCUGCAGUGUCUGCCUUAUAUCUCACAGCUCAGUGUUGAUAGUUUGGGGCCACGUCUUCAUGAAGCAGUCAGGUUCUUUGUGAAUCUGUUCUGUGCAGCAGCAGAGAGAGAACAGCAGACAGGAGAGAAGAUACUGGAGCUGUUAUCAUCAGUGUGCACAUAUCAAACAUUCCCUGUUAAUGAGAAAGACAUGGAUGAUGACAAUGACGAUGACGACGAUGAUAUGAAGAAACGUCAGUGUGAUCACCUCCUUGAUCUGUACUCCAAAGUGAAGGACUGUGAGACUAAAACAGGCUUGAGUGUCCUUCCAUCAUUACAGUCAGUUUUCCAGUCAGCUCCUGCAGUCUGGUCCAUAAACCUCUCAGAGAGAACGACCUCCAUCCUCCUGGAAGUGCUGAAACUCCAACCAGAGAAGAAACAAGUGGAGCUGACACAGUACACUCAUAAAAAGAGUAAAAUUAGGAGUUUCCUGCAGUGUCUGCCUUAUAUCUCACAGCUCAGUGUUGAUAGUUUGGGGCCACGUCUUCAUGAAGCAGUCAGGUUCUUUGUGAAUCUGUUCUGUGCAGCAGCAGAGAGAGAACAGCAGACAGGAGAGAAGAUACUGGAGCUGUUAUCAUCAGUGUGCCGAUGUCACAAUUUCCCCUAUGUUAACACAAACUUGACUGAUUAUGGAAAGAAAUGUCAGUCUGAUUUCCUGCUGGAUCUGUACUCCAAAGUGAAGGACUGUGAGUCUAAAACAGGCUUGAGUGUCCUUCCAUCAUUACAGUCAGUUUUCCAGUCAGCUCCUGCAGUCUGGUCCAUAAACCUCUCAGAGAGAAAGACCUCCAUCCUCCUGGAAGUGCUGAAACUCCAACCAGAGAAGAAACAAGUGGAGCUGACACAGUACACUCAUAAAAAGAGUAAAAUUAGGAGUUUCCUGCAGUGUCUGCCUUAUAUCUCACAGCUCAGUGUUGAUACAAAGACAUCAGAUGAAGACAGAACAAAGUUCUUUGUGAAUCUGUUCUGUGCAGCAGCAGAGAGAGAACAGCAGACAGGAGAGAAGAUACUGGAGCUGUUAUCAUCAGUGUGCACAUAUCAAACAUUCCCUUUUAAUGAGAGAUGCAAGGAUGAUGAUGAUGAUAUGAAGAAACGUCAGUGUGAUCACCUCCUGGAUCUGUACUCCAAAGUGAAGGACUGUGAGGCUAAAACUGGCUUGAGUGUCCUUCCAUCAUUACAGUCAGUUUUCCAGUCAGCUCCUGCAGUCUGGUUCAUAAACCUCUCAGAGAGAAAGACCUCCAUCCUCCUGGAAGUGCUGAAACUCCAACCAGAGAAGAAACAAGUGGAGCUGACACAGUACACUCAUAAAAAGAGUAAAAUUAGGAGUUUCCUGCAGUGUCUGCCUUAUAUCUCACAGCUCAGUGUUUAUUUUGAGGAUCCAGAUGAAGAAAUCAGGUUCUUUGUGAAUCUGUUCUGUGCAGCAGCAGAGAGAGAACAGCAGACAGGAGAGACGAUACUGGAGCUGUUAUCAUCAGUGUGCACAUUUAACAUGUUCCCUUUUGAUGGCUAUGAUGAUGAUUUGGACAAAUAUCGGUGUGAUCUCCUCCUGGAUAUGUGCUCUGAUGUGAAGGACUGUGAGACUAAAACAGGCUUGAGUGUCCUUCCAUCAUUACAGUCAGUUUUCCAGUCAGCUCCUGCAGUCUGGUUCAUAAACCUCUCAGAGAGAAAGACCUCCAUCCUCCUGGAAGUGCUGAAACUCCAACCAGAGAAGAAACAAGUGGAGCUGACACAGUACACUCAUAAAAAGAGUAAAAUUAGGAGUUUCCUGCAGUGUCUGCCUUAUAUCUCACAGCUCAGUUACAGUGUUUAUCCUGAUUGGACAGAUCCAUUUGAGGGCGCCAGGUUCUUUGUGAAUCUGUUCUGUGCAGCAGCAGAGAGAGAACAGCAGACAGGAGAGACGAUACUGGAGCUGUUAUCAUCAGUGUGCACAUAUCAAACAUUCCCUGUUAAUGACAUUUUCAUUAAUGAUUGUUAUCGGUCUGAUUUCCUGUUGGAUCUGUACUGCCACGUGAAGGACUAUGAGACUAAAACAGGCUUGAGUGUCCUCCCAUCAAUACAGUCAGUUUUCCAGUCAGCUCCUGCAGUCUGGUCCAUAAACUUCAUAUACACCAACUUCUCCAUCCUCCUAGAAGUACUGAAACUCCAAUCAGAGAAGAAACAAGUGGAGCUGAGAGAAUGGCCAGAAGAAGAAGAAGAAGAAGACAGUGUACUGAGGAGUUUCCUGCAGUGUCUGCCUUAUAUCUCACAGCUCAGCUGUGAUCCAGACUUCUUCCAGAGUGUGUGUACAUCCAUGUCUGUAAGAUCCAGAGAGGAGGCCCAGCAGCUGAAGUCUCUGCUGCAGCUCCUGGGGUUCCAGCUGCUGUUAACAGGAGAGUUACACAGGAAAAGCUGCUGGUCUGUGGGGAGAGUUCUCAAACUGUGCAGCUCUAAAGUGGAUCUCAUCCUCACACCCAGCAAGAUGUCUGCCAGAGGAGCCGCUCUCCUCUUUAGACACACAACACAACUACACAGUCUGAGGCUUUCCAUCGACAUGUCCUUGCUCCUGUUUCAGUGGGUAAGAAGAGGCAGAGUGGUCUGUCCGCUGGCUGUUGAAGAGCUUUCUCUUGUGCCUAAGAAAGCCCGACCAUCACACAGAGUAAUGUUGAGGGCUGUCAGUAGUUUGGCUUCCCUGCUGAGAUACUGGACAGUCGCACGGUUAGACCUGACUGAGACCUGCAUCCCUGCUCAGGGUCUCAUUACACUGCUGCUCCAUGAUGGUCCUCUAACAGUCAAACUGAGUGAAGAGAGCUUCCAGCAGCUUCUGUGUCUCCUCCAUGAAAUCCAGGACAAGGACUUGACGUUGUCCUUCCUGAGUAAGGUUGGUGGAGACCUGACCUCCUGCUGUCUGAACUGGGAGCUUCUUCACUAUCUGCUGCAGCAGUCGUCAGCUCAGACCAUCACUGUGGACCUGAGGAAGAACUUCUUCUUACAGGAGGAAACCACACGUCUGCUUCCCUUUCUGGACAGGAUUGUGUUUAAAAGGCCCAGUCCCAGCUUUGUGAUGAGCUCCAUCAGAGAGCUCUACAGAGCUCAUGACAGUCACGCUGUACCCAGUUUACUGAGGUCAUUUGGUCAUGUGAUCAACCUGAGCAGCAGAGAGCUGGACUCAGUGGACUGUGCUGCUCUGAUCUUCAUCCUCAAACACGGAGACGGAGUUAAACUGAACCUCCUGUGGACCUCCAUACCAGCAGAGGGAGUAGAGUCCAUCCUCUUCAUGCUGGACAAAGUUUCUCAUCUCAGUGUUGACAGGAACCAGCUGCUGAGGUUCAUCCACUGCUGUGCUGCCUGUGACGUCCAGCAGGAGGCAGCGUCAGGCCUGCUGAGGACUCUGCAGCACAGCUUGGAUCUGUCCUGCUCCUCCUGUGUGGAGCUACCAGAGGAGGAUCAGCCUGAGCCUCUGAGUCUGACUGCUGAUGACUGCAGGGCCGUCUCCACCAUCCUGACACACAGCAGCCGGGACACACAGCUCGACCUGCGAGACUGUGAGGUGGAGGACAGCGUGCUGGACCUGCUGUUUCCUGUCCUCCACAGGGUCCGCCUCAGAGUCAGUAAAACUGUCCUCCUCCAGCUGCUGUCUCUGGUUCCUGUGAACAGUGAGAGGGACACAGUGAGGCGGGCGGUGUCCCUGUGUGGAGCCCUGGGUGGAGAGCUGGAUCUCAGUCACAGCACGCUGGAUCAGAGGGCCUGUGGGGCUUUGGUCCAGAUGCUGGACUCGUGUGAAGGGCUGACAGAGCUGGACCUCAGUCACUGUCAGCUCACUGACCAGCUGCUGCUCCCUCUCAUCACACAUCUGCACAAAGUCCAAGUCCUGGAUCUGAGUCACAAUCAGAUCACUGAUGCUUCGACUGAUGUGUUACUGCAGCUGCUCUCCAUCAACCCCUCCAUCGACUGUGUGCGACUCUACAGCAACAACAUCGUGCACAGAGCAGCCUUCAAGGAACACAAGCAGUUUGAGGUCUGGUGAAGAACUCAUCACCAUCAUCAUCAUCAUCAUCAUCAUCAGGGACCCGUGGUUUUAUGGUCUCAUAAUUGUUUCUUGCUAAUCUGUAAUGUACAACAGCAAUAAUGGUUCAGUAAGCUUUAAUAGCUACUUUAGAAUGUUUUAUUUUGCUUUAUUGUAUUUCUUUAUUAUGUCAUUAUUAAAAAUAGUAUUUCUAUAGAGACGAGCGCAUCUCAGACUAUUUCUGAAAGUUCUGCAGAUUUUUGUUUUAUGGAGCUCUGACUGAAGCUAUGCAACAGUCAUCCUAAUGUUUACACAUCAGAUUGUUUUAUCAUGAUUAAAUUAUUUUCAAAUAGUGAAAAAUAAAGUGAUGCUGUAAUAGUUACAUUAAAGUUGUGAGUCUGCUUUGUUAAUUUUUGCAAUAACUGCACUGAUUUUGUACUUCAUGUGUCAGUCUAAACAUAAAGAUGUCGUAAUGAUUUUCACAGUAGUCAUGUAAUAAUAUUACAGUCAGGUGGCAUGACAAUAAAGAUACCAGUGAGUGUCAUUUCUUUAUUUAAAUGAACUAAUGCAAGAAAUAAAGGUGUGGUGCAAAAAAUGAUGCAUAUUUUGAUUGUAUAAAAUACAUGUGAAAAUCAAAUCAGUUUACAGACAUCAUUUUUAAUCAUGUAAAUAUACAAAAUCUGAUCUUGUCUGAAAAGAGUUUAUAAAAAUGUAAAACUUAAAGUCUUUCUUUAAAAAUAGUGCACUAAAA